ACACUAGUUGUAAACUGAUCCCUCCUACUCUCCGGCUAGCAGAGCGAGUGAGCGAGGCAGGAAGGAAGGCUAGGCAUUGAAUGCUAACAAGGGGAGUUCAUGUUGGAGCUGCUCUAGAUGGUGGGUGGUUUAACAUCAAGCUAUGGAGAAAUACCAUUAACCUGGUAUGUGCCAGCGCGAUAUUCACGUUGAUCGUCAUCAUCAUUACCAUCAUCCUCAUCUGCACAGCCGUCUUAAUCUUUUCCGUUGAGUGAAAUGUAUCGGGACUGCUCGGGAUCCGAAUUCUGACAAUGGAGAUUGAAAAUAUCGUGGCCAACACUGUGCUGCUGAAGGCAAGAGAAGGUGGCGGAGGGAAGAGGAACGGCCGGAGCAAGAAAUGGAAGGAGAUGCUGAAGCUGCCGCACAUCAGCGUGUGCGAGGAGCUGCGGGGCACCAUCGAAAGGGAUUACAGUAGCUUGUGUGAGAAGCAGCCAAUAGGAAGACUGCUCUUCCGCCAGUACUGCGACACCCGACUGGAGCUGAAACGCUGCAUCGAGUUCCACGAUGCUGUGGCGGUCUAUCAGCUAGCCCCGGACGAGAAGAGACGAGACUACGGCUUGAAUGUUUUAGACACAUACUUUAAUAAUGGGUCUGCGGCCCAUCUUCCAGAAAUACCUCAGGACGUGGUGGUGGCGUGCAGGGGGCGGCUAGAGGAGAGCCCCUGCAAGGAUCUCUUCGAGGACUGUACUAGAAUUGUCCGUGAAUAUCUCAGUGGAGCGCCGUUCUCCGCCUAUCAGGAGUCCAUCUAUUUCUCCCGCUUCCUGCAGUGGAAGUGGCUGGAGAGGCAACCUGUAACCAAAAAUACCUUCAGACAUUACAGAGUACUAGGAAAAGGUGGAUUUGGUGAGGUGUGUGCCUGUCAAGUGCGAGCCACUGGUAAGAUGUACGCCUGUAAAAAGCUGGAAAAGAAACGAGUAAAGAAGAGAAAAGGUGAAGCCAUGGCAUUAAACGAAAAGCGCAUUUUAGAAAAAGUUAACAGUAGUUUUGUAGUUAGUUUAGCAUAUGCCUAUGAAACCAAGGAUGCUCUUUGUCUUGUUUUGACCAUAAUGAACGGCGGCGAUCUGAAGUUCCAUAUCUACAACAUGGGCAACUCAGGCUUCGACGAGCAGCGUGCCAUCUUCUACGCCGCCGAGAUCUGCUGUGGCUUGGAGGAUCUGCACCGGGAGAGGAUUAUCUACAGAGAUUUGAAGCCUGAGAAUAUCCUACUAGAUGACCGUGGGCACAUUCGGAUCUCUGACCUCGGCCUGGCUGUCCAGAUUCCAGAGGCAGAAACGAUAAGGGGGAGGGUGGGCACGGUGGGCUACAUGGCCCCAGAGGUGAUCCAGAAUGAGAGCUACACCUUCAGCCCGGACUGGUGGGGGCUGGGCUGCCUGAUCUUCGAGAUGAUCCAGGGCCAGUCACCGUUCCGUCGCCGCAAGGAGCGGGUGAAGCGCGAGGAGGUGGACCGUCGGGUGCGCGAGGACCAGGAGGAGUACUCGGACAAGUUCUCUGAGGAGGCAAAGGACAUUUGCCGAAAGCUGCUUGCAAAGGACCCCAAGGAGCGUCUGGGUUCCCAGGGUGGGGGUGCAACAGAGGUGAAGCAGCAUGCCAUUUUCAGGAACAUCAACUUCAAGAGGCUGGAGGCCAACAUACUGGACCCUCCCUUCUGCCCCGACCCCAGAGCAGUCUAUUGCAAGGAUGUUCUGGACAUUGAACAGUUCUCCACUGUCAAAGGCGUCAACCUUGACCCCACGGACGAUGACUUCUAUCACAAGUUUGUCACGGGGAGUGUCUCCAUCCCCUGGCAGAAUGAGAUGAUUGAGAUGGAAUGCUUCAAAGAGAUCAACGUGUAUGAAACCGAUGGUGUCCUGUGCUCGGACCUGGAUGUGAACAGGCCCAACCCGCCGCCGAAGCGAGGCUUCUUCUACCGCCUGUUUAGAAGAGAGGCAAGUGCUAGCGCCACAUCGGCCACCGUGCGUGGGGGAGGGGGUUAAGGUGUGUUUUAAGAGCAGCUACAGUGAAGAGGACGAGGAGCCCUCACGUCUUUAAACCACUCCUUUGCCCUAGCUCCACCCCCAUUGGUCAGCUGCCAGUCAGAAAGCAGAUCUUACAAACUCCAUGAAUGUUAAACUAACUGUAUUUAUGAAUUGUAACAAAAGUGUAUUAUAAUUAAAGAAAAAAGUAUGAGUUUAAAGAUUUUGUACAUUUGUACUUGAAUUAUGUCUAGAUGUAUAUUUUCACUAAAGGUUGUAUUGUACAAAAAGCCAUAUAAGUACCACUUGAAUGCAUACAUAGCAUUGUUUUCUUUUAUCAUUUUGGAAUGAGUAUGAACAUGUGUAUUUAAGGAGAUUUUUUUUUUUAAUGAAGCACAGUAUGGUAUUCAUUAACUUUUUUUUUUAUUUCCAAGGUAGCAUCUGGCCUUUUGUUUGUAUGGUCUUUUCUGUCUGUACUGCUUUUAGUUCAUGUAUAGUUUUUCUUCUGACAUUUGCCUGCACCAAGCUGCAAAUUGAUUUGCCAAUUAAGCCUGAAUGGGUCAGAUGUAACAUGUUAUAAAUGCCCAAUUAAGGCAAAUGCAUUUUAAGGGAGUAAAUGCAUUUUCCCUGCUACAUUCUUGUUGGUCAUUGAGUUAGUAUUUGGUCAUCUUGGUCAAAGAGCUGUUUUAAGUAGACGUUUAUUGCAAGCAACAAAAUAUUGAAUGAUUCAAUUGUCUUUUUUUUCUUCGCCAACUCUUUUUUUUUUUUUUUUUUAAUCUAAUCUUGCCUCAUUAUAACAUUCAUUUCCAUUUGUAGGAAGCACAGGAGACUUGUCUGUUUAGACAUACCCCAUGUUACUGUGGAGGUGUAUGACUGUAGAGAUAACAUCAGUUUUCAAGGACCAUUCUAGUAGUUCAGAUUAGGAAAAGAAAAGCAUAAUAAGUAUCGGAGAGGGAGGAGUGUAAUGCUGCAUGGCUGGCAAAUGUAUAAUCAGAUGCAAGGUCAAUGCACGCAAUUUGACACCCAUGCUCAUUGCAGACAUAUAACUAUAGUCCAUGGACACUGUGCAGAGAGUCAUUGGGUUGUGUCUAUCCUCUUGAAAUAUUUGAUGAUCCUCUUCAAUUUAACAUUCCAAAUAUCCACAGAUAUGCUAAAGGGUACUUACGACGAGUGUCUUUUCUGUAUGUGCGUGUGCUAGUUCAGAAACUGACUCAAGAAUGUUCAUGCCUUAAACUAAAAGCUGGAGAUCCGUUACUGAGUAGAUCUCCUCUGCGCGUAUUCUCUCUUACGCUGGAAAAGAGCGAGAUCGUUUAGCUUAUUUACAGGUCAUUGUGCAUCGAUUGUUGUCAUUGUGCAUGAUAUAGAUAUUAGGUAGUCGAGUUGAAAUUUUAUAUUCUGUCUUGAGACCUCAUCCUACAUAUUAGCCAAAAACGCGUGCUAUGCACACCUAGUCACACAACAUGUCUGGACUACCUUUUAUAAAUGUUUAUGGGUCUUUUUUUAAAGUGCUGUUGCUUCCCUACCCCUCCAUGAGAGGCUGAUGAAUUUCAUGACUGAGAGAGGUCUUUGGGAAAGCCAUUUGACCCUGUUAUACUCACAAUCCCCAUCAAAGCUACAGUACACUGAGGCUAGGUUUGACUUUACAUUCCCUGUACAUUCCCUUAGAAUAUCCUUCACCGUUUUUUUUUUUUUUUUUUUUUUUUAAAUGUAUAGCCUGUUUCAGAUCAGGGUCGGUCUCUUAGUCGUACCUGCUAGACAAACCUCUGCCUGGUCCCUCAUAGCCCUUCUUCCUCCAGUUCCUUUGCCUUCUGUCCUUUUCCUACUGAUCCAGUUGUGUAAUAUGGGUGUUGUGGGAUAAAGGCCUGUGAGUGAGUUCACUUACUACAUAUUCACCAUGAGAGAUGCUGAGAGACUCGUAUACCGGACACAAACUAAUCUGAAAAGCUAAAUUUGCCUUCUCUUUGGACUUGUAGAAGACAGGAAACGUGAGCUUGUAAUCACAAUUGUGUUUUUUUUUUCAAUGGCUUAUGCUCAAGUAAAUCUACCAUCCCGAUGCCCGACUAUUCAUAUUUGUUAAGUGGUUGAAAUGUAAGUAGAAGGGGGAAUUGUUGAAGCUUCUUCUUGAGCAGGACCUGAUGCUGACUUAGUUAUCACUCACGAGCAUGACAGCGCACACAAAUGCUUACAUUACUUGGAUUAAACUUUUGUUUUUCCUUUUGAAAAGUCUAUGUAAUAUAAUUUUAAUGCUGUGAAAAAUCAGAGACAUUUAUAACUUUUUUUUUUCUUUCUCUAGUUUAAUCGUGUGCAUGUCGUACUGUAUUAAUGUCAUCCAACUUGGGGAUGGCCCGGCCUCUUGCAGUGGGGCUCUCCGGCUACCCUGCUUGUAAAUAAACCCUGGGUUAAUGACAGAGACAGUUGUUCUGGAGUAAGCUGUUGAAAAGUGUGUGAAAGUUCUCGUGUCAUUGAGGAUGCACGUCUUCUCCCUUGGAGUCACCGCUGGACUCCAACUAAGUCCCAUUCAAACACCAUAUGUGCAUUGGGACCUGUGAAGAUCUCUACGUGCUUUCACAAUGUUCAUGGAAGAUUUUGCUUAUGAGAGGGGCACUGUGUGAUGAGGGGAAAUGUAUGUGUGUGUGUGUGUGUGUGUGUGUGUGUGUGUGUAUAAAAAUAUAAAUAAAAUAAAAAACAACAAAAAUACCAACUUCAUGUGAACUUCACAAAGAAACACAAUUGAGCUUUAAGAUCCAACCAUUGUGGUGUAGAGCAUUCCAUAUUUACACCUAUUUAGUACUUAAUGCUGCUCUAUAGCUGCUCGCUGCUUCCCCAACUGUUGUCUGCAGGGUGGCCUGACUCACCUGUCAAUCAUUACUCUGCUUCCAUUGUUACAUCAUUCAGAAUGCUGUAGUGAAGACACAUCUCUGUCCUUCCUUCUAGUUAAGCUCACAAGCAUUGCAUUACAAACAUGAGAAUAAUUCUCAGGUUUUUUUUUAUGUUCCUUUUCAAUCGCUUCCAUCAAAGUCUAAUGUAUCAUCAAAGGGAAUAAUAUCAUCACUGUUUAUAAGAACACAUUAAAGUUUAGCCUUUGACAUAUGUGCCAAUUAUCAGCUUCUGUAUAUUCCUCAUAUCCUUUUUUCCCUUCCAACAAAUUACAUCAGCUUAUUCUUAUGUCCCCACACUUUGUCAGCAAGGAAGUCUGGCUUUAUACCUGUUUGAAUGUGUGCACAAAGUGUAUUUUAAUGUCUGUUAAAAUAAUGAAGAUGAUGAUAAUAAAAAAGGUGAAUUUAUCAAGCAUG